AUGGCGGGCCAGAGCGAGGCCGCGCAGCCCGAGGGCGCCGCGGUCAAGCCGGCGGGUCGCGCUCUCCACUUUCGACUGGAGUCUGGCGCGGUGGUUUGGGGGCAGGCGUGGUUGCGGGUGCAGCUUGAAGACCGCCGUGCCUCCGUCGCCCUCAGGCUGUUCCCGCCGGGCGCCCCCUCGGAGGGCGUGGUGCCGCCGCCGCGGGGCGAGGUCGCGAUGGAGGUGGCGUGGGCGCCGCGCGGCGCCGCCCUGCAGUUCCGUGGGGUCCGCGGGCUCGCGCUGCCGACGACCCAGCCGACAGACCCCUGGGCCGCGGGGCGGCCCCCGGGCCGCGGCGGCGGUGAAGGCCCCGCGUGGCAGCUGAGCGUGUCCAUGCCCGCUGGGGGCGGCGACGGCGCGGAGGAGCUCCUGCUCUGCGCCGUCCGGCCAGAGCGCGCGCCCGUCUGGCCCACGGAGCAUUCCUUCGCGCUGGACCACCGCGUGGAGACGCGGUGGCCCGCCCACUGGCUGCGGGCACCCGGCGGCGAGCCAGAGAGUGCGAUGGAGGCACCGCAGCGGCCGCCCUUCAACAGGGUCGCGGCCAGGCUGCGCGACGCCAUGCUGCGCGCCACUGCGUCGGGGGCGUCUGGCGGGAGCCUCGAGCGCUGGGCCGCGGCGGAAAACUGGUUUUUCUUUUCGCCCCCGUACCACCGCUACGACGACCACCUGCUGCCGAUCGACGAGGUCACCGCUCUCCACCCAGACGGCGAGUACUGCAUGUCGCCGAGCGACCUGCACGAGCUCAGGGCGGACGCAGACUACGUGCGCUGCCACGACCACGUCGCGCGCUUCGUGCUGCUCGCCUGGGGCUGGGACGCCGAGCGGGACGCGCCUGUGGCCGAGCCCGACGCGGAGGGCGGCCAAGGCUGGAAGGAGAGCGGCGCGCUGUCGUGGAGGCUACGGCACCUGUGCCUCGGGGGCCGGCGGGUCCCUGCUGCUGCUGGGGCAGGGCCACGUGCGCGGGAGGGCGCGGAGUUUCGCCGCGUCCCUGGGCGCCGACGCGGCCUGGUCCGAGGACGGCUUGGGCGAGGCGGCGUUUACGCUGGGAGACGCCCGGGCGAGCAGCCGCGCGCGCCUUCUGGGACGCCCGCGCGGCCCCGUCGCUGGGCGCCGUGCGGCCCGGGGGCCGGUCGCUGGCGGACGUUGUGCACUGCGGCGAGCUCUGGCGCUGAGCGGCGCCGAGCGCCCCCGGGCGUGCUCGGGCUGCCCCCCGCGGCGGAGCGCCGAGCGGCUCGGCGCGGAGCGCGGGCCCCUCCGGAGAGCCCAGGCCCGGCAAGCAGGCGCGAGGAGAAAGAGCGGUCGGGCGCCCGUGCGGACCUCUCGCAGGUCCUCCGAGCGGUGGCAGCCGAGGUGCCCGUCGUGCCGCUCGCGCUCGGCCUUCCUCCCACGGCAACGCUGGACCCGCUCCUGAGCCUCCUCGCCGUGCUCGCCGUGCUGGCCGUACUCGUGGCUCUGGCGGGGACGUCCCACCUUCUCCUGGCUAUGCCCUACGAGGUGUGGGAUGAUGCCAAGCGGGCACAAGUGGCUGCAGACCUGGAGAUGGCCGCUACCUUCCCGUCGCAGGAGAUGCGCCCCGACCCGAACGCCACCCCGCAGGGCCCCGCUGCUGGGCUCUUCGACCCAUGGGCCGCGGCGGCGGGGACUGGCGCUCUCUCGCGUGCUCAGGCUGCUGCUGGUGGUGCUGUUGACUGUGGUGAUGAGGAGGAGCAAGCCGCCUUCACUCGGGCCUUUUACCAUGCCGACAUCUCCGCGAGAUUCCUGCAGCUGCGCAAUGAGUUCGACAACAUCGUUACCACGGCCAUCACCAACUCCGUCCAGCAGUCGAACGCUCCUAUCGUGGCCACGCUCGCCACAUUGCAGAAGCAGCUCUCCUCGCAGCACACCUCCAUUGAUCAGCAGGUCAUGGCAUCGGUGCGCCCACAGUUCGAUACUAUGCAACGCCAGUUUCAAGAGCAGCAUGAUGCCCUCUGCCGUCGCGUCGACUACACCGAGCGGGACAUCGAGGCCCACGCCGCUCAGCUGGCUGAGCUGCAGAAGCAGGUCGAGGAGCUUCGCCGCCAGAAUGAGCUGGACCGACAGCUUCCCUCGCGGCCUCCUGCCCCGCCUGGCUUCGACCGCGAGAUCGAUCCGAUGCAGGUCAUUGUGGUCUCGUCCAAGCUCGUCGGUCUGGCUGGCGUCCGUGAGGUGGUCAACUCCUUCAUGGGCGAGCUCCACUUCUCUGAGGACGACUCGUACACGAUCAAGGCCCUCACGCCGCUCCCCUCUAAAAAGUUUGCCGUCUGCUUCUCUGGGCCGAUCGGACUUGCCUCCCGCCGUGUGCAAAAGGCCCUCGCUAACCUCAAGACGGACGGCGCCUGGCGGGUCUUCCAGUGCCCGGCUCAAGGCAGGGUGCUUCGUGUUGAUGUGGCACUUGGGCAUACACAGCUGGUGAUCUUCAACGUUCACAAUCACGGCUUGACCAAGGGUGAGCGGCAGCAGACCCACGAUCAUAAGGUUCAUGCUCCAAUUUGGGCUGCUACACUUGGCAAGAUGAUGGAGGUUAACUCGGAAGCGGCUACCCACUUCUGCAAGUUCACCAAUUCCAUCAACAUCAUCGACCGCUUCUUCUGCUCUGCCACAGGCUGGAUGAUGUGUCAGCUCAUGACCGAGGUCAACACGGUGGACACGCCUGAGCACCUGAGCUCCCAGGGCAUCUCUGAUCAUGCUGCUCUUUCGAUUCGGCUGCGACUUCGUGGUGCGCGUCCUGCCUCUGAGCGGCCCAUACCCAAGCACAUCUUCACCUCUGUUGCCUUUCAGCGCCGACUCCGAGGAAUGAUUGCUGAUAGUGAUGAGGAUCUGCUCCGAUGGAGCCCACCUGUGGCCACAGAGCACUACAAGUACAUGAUGAAGGAGGCCGCCAGGGAGGCCCGCAACAUCCUCUUCUAUUCGGCCCCUGACUUGCCUGGGACGCUGCAACUGGUUGCUCGUGGGAUAGCGCGAGCUGUGUGGCGUCAAGACGCUGCCCUCGCCCUCAAGCUCAUCGAGACCUCCCAGCACGCCGCCGACGCCCUGACGGUCGACGGCCAGGUCGUCUCGCUGCGCCACGCCCCGUCCUUCGAGCAGUGGGCUGCUGGAGUACAUCGGCUGGUUCGGGAGCGCACUGCGGCCCUGGCGGCCUACUGGACCCCUGUCUUCUCCAAGAAAGAGCCCCACCCUGUCAUGACCCAGAAGUACCUCGAUAGGUUCCUCACCAAGGCCUCCGACAUCGACCUGCACUGUCCUCUGACCUCAAUGUUUCGGAAGGUUCUCCGGCGUGCCCGUCACUCUGCUCCUGGUGUCGACGGGCUGCCCUACGCGGCCUGGUCGGCGUGCGACUAUGGCGCCCAGCACCUGGCCAGAAUGUUCGGGUGGCUAUGCCAAGGUGCUGUCCUGUAUGAGCUGGCCUCUCUGCGUAUCCUGGUGCGGGUCCUUGGUGUCAUGGAAAAGAUUGCGGGCCUCAAGAUUAAGAUCAGCAAGUGCACCCUGGUCCCUCUCGUUGGCUGCAUGACCGAAACCCUGAAAACUAUGACCCAGGCCCAGCUGGCCUCGAUCGCGGGUGCCUGGUGGAUGUGGCACGGCUCGAGCGUGAAUAUCGAGCGACCAUCAAGCGUGUCGAACGCCUUCGUGCUGGUGGGCUCCCUGUUCGAGAGACACUUCGAGCUCGGCCUUGUGUGCUUCGGGUACGGCUUCAACUUCGGGUUCGCUCCUGGGCGAGCGAUCCCUUUUCUGAACCUCACGGCGGCGGCUGUGAAGACCUCUGUGUCGGUCUGGUGGCACCGCUCGGUCUCCUGCCCUGUCUUCGCGUCGGCCCCUGGAAGACGCCCGGGAGACCCUCGGGAAAGCGAGACCCUGGAGCGCCGUAACGCCUUGCUUCUUACGCUGGACAGGAUUGGCUGGAACCUCGACCUCGAUGCCGAGUCCCUGGUGGGCCACAACGGGUGGCCGGUGCAGGGCGAGUGCCUCCGAUAUUGGAACGGCACCCAGAGGUUCGUCGGCAACUCGGGGGCCACCACCAUCACGCAGAUGGACUACCCCGGCGACGACUUCUGCGACGAGGGCGGCCGCGUGGAGACCUACCAGAUGACGGCCGACUGCACUGCCGACAACGUCGACAACUGCUGCAUCUCGCUUCCGACGAACGUUGGUCUCGCGGACGACUCGCCAAAGAGCUUCAGCUGGCGCAUUCAGCAGGCCUCCUCGUACAAUGCCGCUGCCUCGCUGGCACACAGGCCGCCCGCCGGCGCCGCCGGCGUCCUGGCGCUGGUGCUGCGCGCCGCCGCGCUCGUCGCCGCAGACUGAGCCGCCCGCCCCCCGGGCGCGGCCCCCCCUCUCCAGCAGCCGAGGAACUUCAGGGGAUCGCUUAGUCCGAGGCAAUGGCAGAGCUCGUCCGCGAAGUGGCUUCGACCGCCUGCCUGUUUCUACCUCUCUCUCUAUAUAUAUAUAUAUAUCCACCAAUCCUUGCCCCCCUCGCAGGACUGUGCAGUGCACUGUAGUGGAGCCGCGGGUGCCCGCGGGACUUGGCACAGCGGCGCCGGACUGCGCGGCGCUGGCAAAAUAAUGUCGGAACCUGCACGCGACCGACCAGACUCUGCAGCUGCGCCAACCAUGCG